AUCAAAUUCUACGGAGUGCAUAUAUUUCUAUUCCAAGUCACUGAAGUUACGGCCAAAAUGGCUGGACAGUCGUCGUCUCAAACCCAAAUAGAAACACUUUCCGAAAAAGAUAUCAACGAUGGGGCUCAGCUAGUUUCAAGCCCUUCUCUACAUUUGUCGAAGAAACGUCACCACUUUCUGGCGUCCGAGUCUUAGAUCUGACACGUAUUCUGGCUGGACCAUAUUGCACGAUGAUCUUGGGAGACUUAGGAGCUGAAAUUUUAAAGAUCGAGCGUCCGUUAGUGGGUGACGAGACGCGUAAGUGGGGCCCACCCUUUUUUCAAGGCACAAAAGAGUCGACAUACUUCGCGAGUGUAAAUCGCAACAAAAAAAGUCUUUGUAUCGACAUAAAGAAAGGCAAGGACGUUAUUUAUGAUCUAGCGAAAAAGUCUGAUGUAUUCAUUGAAAACUAUGUCCCUGGCAAGCUGGCCGAAAUGGGCUUGGACUACAGGUCUUUGAGCGAAGCAGCACCAGGGCUGAUCUAUUGUUCGAUUACUGGCUAUGGCUCUGAAGGUCCGUAUGCCACUCGCCCAGGCUACGAUGUGAUUGCGGCUUCCUUGGGUGGUCUAAUUAAUAUAACAGGUCCCAAAGAUGGAGAGCCCUGCAAAGUAGGAGUUGCCGUCACUGAUAUGGCCACUGGUUUGUAUGCUCACGGAGCAAUAAUGGCUGCGCUACUCCAAAGGUUCAAAACCAACAGAGGACAGUGGAUCCAAUGUAAUUUACUCUCUACCCAGGUCGCCAGCCUAGUUAAUAUUGCUUCUAAUUACUUAAACGCUGGUAAGGAAGCUUCAAGGUGGGGUACGGCACAUGAGAGUAUUGUACCUUAUGAAGCAUUCCCAACUAAGGAUGGAUUUAUUUCUGUGGGAGCUGGCAGUGACGUACAGUUUUUAGCCCUGUUAAAAAUGAUGAAUCUAACUAACUUGGAGAAAGAUCCCAAAUUUAGAACAAAUAUUGAUAGAGUAAAACACAGGGUAGAGCUCAUCAACAUACUUAGAGAUAACUUUAAGACCAAAACCAGUGAUGAUUGGUCUGAAAUUUUUCGAGAUGCUCCCUUUCCAAAUGGACGUAUCAAUACGAUUGGCCAGGUCUUUGACGAUCCACACAUUAAGCACAUAAAGUUGGUCAAAGAAAUGAUCCAACCAAGCAUAGGAAAGGAUAUACCAACUAUGAGAUUAUGUUUACGUAAGCCAAAAUCCAGUAAAAAAGUUCAGUGGACACAAGGAACUGUCGAUAAUGAGCAUAUGAAUAAAAAAAAGUCUAAAUGCUGCUGUAUAUACGAAAAACCAAAAGAAUUUGGUGAGAGUAGCUCAGAAGACAGCGAUGAUGAGUGUGAGCACUGUCAUGGGCACAGAGAUAUUCAUCAUAAGAAUAACUCGAAUGAAAAUGAGGCACCUCAAGGAGCCAUACCGUCUCAACCUGAACCAAUUGCUACAGGAUCUGCCUAAUUUUUAAGGGUUGAAGCAUUUUUAGAAAUGUUGAUAGGUAACCCAAUGUUGGCUUCGCAUCUUAGAUUUGAGUUCAUUGUUAGGUUGACAAGGUUAUAUAAAAUUUUGAAGGAUAUUUUGCCAGAUUUUUUAUACGGAGUCUUUUCACCUUUUUUCCAAGCGAUAUUACCUAUUCACUUGGAGGAUAGAUCUGUCUUAAAAAUGUAGCCAUAUUCGUUGCGUAAUUCCAUGAACAUACUAGUAGAUGAAGAGAUUUCUGACACUUCAUUUAAAUAACAAAUAGUCAGAAAUGCAACAUAGUAAAUGUGUCAAAAUCAAAAUUAUCAACUGACUUCUGAGUUCUAAUUGCUGAUUUUUAUCUACUUUCUAAACAGCUUAUAGAAAGCUGUUGUGCUAGUUAAAAUUUGCAAUUGCUCUGUAUUUGACGCAGGCAAUUGCAGUUUGUGUAUAAAUAACUAUGAUGUAAUAGUUACAAUGAUGAGUUUUGUCGAAGUCUUGACUUCCAAAAAAUUUCAAGGUGUAACAAACACUAUAGUCGAUCAGUCAAUCUUUGGAAAUUAUACACGUUCAUAUGAUAGUUGAAUUACAUACUGUAGUGAAACUUCGUGUUUUGAUCUAUACCCAUGAUAUGUCAUUUCAACUGAUGAAAUAAUCGUGAGAGAAGGGAAUACAAAUCUUCUCUAACUAAUAGUUUUACCUAAGUCGUAAUGUUUUCAAUCUUCCAAUUGUAGACACAUUGUCUUGGGUGUUGCUCAAUAUUUGUUGGGUAUUGGUUGUGCGUUGCAUAUGUAAUGAAUAUUCUUAGGAACUCUUGUAUAAAAUUGAGAUCAUUUGAUUAAUUUAUUUCGAAAUCCUAAUUUUCAACAUUUGUUUUUUAGAAACUGUUAUUUCUACUUGACAUUAAAUAGUUUCAGUCGUAAAUUAAAUUACAAGGAAAAAUUAUUUAACGAAUCAAAUUUGUAGUUUUGCUUUGUAAAUACUUUUGCUAUACUUCAAGCUAAAUAAUGGAGCACAAUAAAUUUAUUUUCGAAUUUGCAUAAUCGAAAGCUCCUAUAACAUAAAAUAUACAACUAAGUAACUUAUUAUGCAAUACAAGUGCGAAAGAAGCAUAGGUCAAGCACAUUGAGUCCCACAUUAAAAUUGAGUAUUUGAAUAUAUGCUCUUUUUUUGAAAUAUUUCGAAAUCAAAUUUAAUUUAUCGUGAUAGAAAGGAAUAAUUUUGAAGGAAAAGCUGAACAGGGAACAGAGCUCGUGACGUUAGUAUUAUGUUUAUUCUUAAAUUAAUGUACAAUAUGAAUUAAGUACGUCUUGUAUACUUCACAUCAACUGAUUUAAUUAAGAUACGAUUUGCAAUCGACAUAUAAAAAUUACAUAUUUUUGCUAUUUACAGAUCGACUUGAUGGUGAAUCACAGAAAUUUUUUUCCCCACUGCAGACUAAAUACAGUUUCUGGAAUAUAAUAUUUUCAUCUAUUCCUUGUACUUCCAUUUUUUGAAUUGUAAUUUACCAUGCUAAACAAAUGACAAAAAAAACGUUCAUCAUGAAAAUUCAUUAAAAUUGAAGUUAUUGUAAUUCAAGACUAUGAUGUCACGUCUUGCGCAUUGCAACUUUUAUGCCAGAUGUUUCUGUCGUAUCUAAUACGUCAUCAAUAAUGGAAUUGUAGCAUGCACGCUUGUGAAUCUACAGUUAUAUAUGCUGCAAUAUCUAUAAAUUUUAGUCAAGUUACAAACUAUACUUCAAAGUAGAAGUAAUUCAAACAACUUAUAACGAAAUUUUCAGUCGUGAUUCCUGCACGAAAAAGUGAAAUCUUUGAAACCAGUAGAUAUUCAUACAACUGAAGAAAACCGUUCACUUGUACAUAUUAGUUAUAACCCUACACCUAGUGAAGUCACAACAUUGCAAAUUGUUAAUAAACAAUUGAUCUUUCGUUUGUUCAA